AUGUCUCAAAGAGGAUCGGUUGGCAAUACAAUCACUUACAACACUCUAAUCCAAGGGUUUUUUCAAGUUGGAGAUUGUGAGAAUGCCCAAAAAAUUUUCAAACAAAUGGUUUCUGAUGGUGUGCCUCCCAGUAUCCGGACAUACACCAUUUUGUUGGAUGGUCUUUGCAAUAACGGGAUGCUAGAGAAAGCAUUGGUGAUAUUCCAAGAUUUGCAAAACAGUGAAAUGGAACUCGAUAUUUUCACAUAUAGUGUUAUCAUCGAAGGAAUGUGUAAGUCUGGAAAGGUGGAAGAUGGGUGGGAUUUGUUUUGUAGCCUCAGCCUCAAAGGAGUGAAGCCUAAUGUUGUAACAUACAAUACAAUGAUCUCAGGAUUAUGUAGGAAACGCUUAAUGGAAGAAGCGAAUGACUUGUUCAGAAAAAUGAAAGAAGAUGGGCCACUCCCAAACAGUGGUACAUAUAAUGUAUUGAUUAGGGCACGUCUUCGAGAUGGUGACAAAGCAGCAUCAGCUAAACUCAUCAAAGAAAUGAGGGGUUUCGGAUUCUGUGGAGAUGCUUCAACCUUUGGGUUGGUCACUAAUAUGUUGCAUGAUGGGAGAUUGGACAAAAGCUUUCUCGAUAUGCUUUCUUAG